ACCCAAUUCGUUUAGCUUGCAGAAAAUAUCUUCCAUUCUGGAAGCUUCGGUCUUCCUCGUAGAUAUUUUACAUCCCCCGUUGUACCACGCCUCGCUCGCAUCCUUAUCACCCCUUUAUAAUGAAAUAGGCUUCGCUUCGUCGUUUUCCGCUAUUUCGGUACAUGCUCAAUCGAAGCACAAUUCUCUGCCAUCACUAAAUGCUCCCCCUUUAAUCUUCCCUGGAAGAUUAAAUUAAUCGGAAAGUCGAAGCUAAUCAGGUCGCGGUAUGGAUCGGGAAGGAGGAUCCGCAGUCGGGUCUUAUUGCUACUACACCGUUCUCGGCAUUCGCAAGGACGCCUCCUUCUCCGACAUCCGCUCCGCCUACCGCAAGCUGGCGCUCAAAUGGCAUCCCGACAGGUGGGCGAAGAAUCCGUCCGCCGCUGGAGAAGCAAAGCGCCGCUUCCAGAAAAUACAAGAAGCCUACGCUGUAUUGUCUGAUAAGGGGAAGAGGUCAAUGUACGAUGCGGGAUUCCUCGAUCUGCUUGAGGAAGACGAGGGGAUGGGUGAUUUCCUCCAUGAUCUGAUGAAGAUGAUGGAGCAGAAUGUAGGGGAUGAGAAGGAAGAGAGCUUAGAGGAUUUGCAGAAAACAUUCGUGGACUUGUUCGGUGAUGAUCUGGCGGAUAUGAUAAAGGAGAGCGGCGAUCCGACGGUGAGGAUGAUGGGUUGCAAUACACGGGGUGUACCCAAGCGCAGCGCCCGUGUGUAACUCAGACUAGGUGGUUGUUGUAAACUUGUAAUGCUACUACUAUAAAGUUAGGUGAGGGGUUGGGGGGAUUUAGGAUUUGUUCGAGGGUAGAUUGGUAAAUUUAUUUCUUGUUAGUUUGGUGACUGCCCAACUUUCAAGGUUUCAAGCUUUUUUGGUUGGUGCCGUUGCGUAUUAAACUUACUUUUCUCCCCA